AUGUUACUAUUUUGCAAAUUACAAAUAUUUCUACUUGGUGAGCUCGUCGCUAACAUAGUCUACGAGGCGACACCGAAGAUACUAAUAGGACAGGACAACUGGGAGCUACUCCUCGCCACAGAAACAAGAAGAGGGGCGCGGCAUCAACCGGUCGCCUCCCUCACCCCUCUCGGCUGGGUGCUGCACGGCGCACACACGCGCACUAUAGGACAUCGAAUCAACUACAUUACCGCACCCACACCCGAAGAUAGUAUGGACGAACAGCUCCGUCAGUACUUCGCCAUCGAGUCUCUCGCUAUAGAACAGAAAAGGCCACAAAGCGACCCCGAACAGCGUGCGCUCAACAUACUCGCCGAACGCACUACACGUCGCGACGACGGUCGUUACGUAACGUCGCUACUGUGGCACACAGACAACGCGUCCAUGCCCGACAACUACAAUAACGCGUACAACCGCCUACUGUCUACAGAAAAAAAGAUAGAUAAAGAUCCACUACUUAAAGGCUACGCCGAGCCCGCUCCGAGUACCAAAACAGCCAAUAGAACUUGGUACUUACCUCAUUUCCCCGUUCUCAACGCGAUGAAACCGGGAAAAGUACGCGUCGUACACGAUGCCGCAGCCAAAACGCAAGGUCUAUCACUCAAUGACUACCUGCUCACCGGUCCCGACUUACUACAGUCUCUACCAGGGGUACUCAUGCGCCUCCGCCAACACAAGUACGCCGUGUCCGCCGACAUCAAGGAAAUGUUCAUGCAAGUCAAGAUACGUGAACAAGAUCGGGACGCCCUCCGCUACCUCUGGCGAGGCGACAAUAGAGGCGACACGACUCCCCGAGAGUACCGCAUGACAUCACUCAUCUUCGGAGCAAAGUCAUCACCUGCGACAGCAAUCUACAUAAAGAAUAGCAACGCCGAGCGGCACAAAGUCACAGACCCGGACGCGUACGACGCAAAAGUCCGCAAUCACUACGUCGAUGACUAUCUACAGAGCUUCGAGACAAUAGAACAGGCCGUAGCUACGUCGAACAGAGUACGCGAGAUACACAGCGAAGCGUACUACGAGCUACGACAAUGGACCUCAAACUCACAAGAGGUUCUCACAGCACUCUCGGAGCCAUCGACGACAACUCAGUCAGUCUCACUCGACGAAAACACGAAGACCGAACGUAUACUAGGUCUCAUCUGGAAGCCGUACAGCGACGAGUUAGCCUUCAACCUCGAUUUAGCACGUCUGCCACAAGACGUGCUAAACAGAAAACAACCCACCAAGCGUGAGGCGCUCAAAAUAGUCAUGUCAUUGUUCGACUCUCUCGGUCUCGCUUCGCCUGUCACAUCUAAGGCGAAACAGCUCCUUCAAGAAGUAUGGAGAAGAAACACCGAAUGGGACCAGCCGAUCGACACCGACCUCGCCGCACAGUGGACGGAGUGGAUAGAACAUCUCAAGAAGCUAACCCACGUCGCGAUACCCAGAUGUCACUUACACUACAGCGACGCUAGUAACAUGCAACUACAUGUUUUCGUCGACGCUAGUGAAACAGCCUUCGCCGCCGCGCUAUACUGGCGCAUACAGUCGCCGGAGGGACACGUGACUACAUCACUGGUCUUGGGGAAGGCCAAAGUCGCACCGCUCAAAGUCACGUCAAUCCCACGCCUCGAACUACAAGCGGCCGUCAUGGGCAGUCGUAUGGCCGCGACUGUAAUAGAAGAACACGACCGAAAACCAUCGUCAGUCACGUAUUGGUCCGAUAGCCGCACAGUACUCACCUGGCUAAAAACGGGCGCUCGCUCGUACAAACCAUAUGUCGCACAUCGAAUCGCGGCAAUAGAGGAGGUCAGCAAGCUAAACGAGUGGCGUUGGGUUCCAACUAAACUCAACGUCGCCGACGACGCGACCCGCGACGUACCAAGUGACUUCGAUGUACAACACAGAUGGUUCAGAGGCCCGGAAUUCUUACGUGACGAUCCGACUACGUGGCCUGCGGAAAAGCCACCACAUAUAGAAAACACCGGCGAAGAGAGACUGCACUAUACAACACACAGAAGUGUCACCACAACGACGCUAACAACAGCGCUCCCGGACAGUAAUAGAUUCUCGAAAUGGGAAGGCCUACUGCGAGCCACCGCUCGCGUCCUUCAGUUUAUAGCUCUAUGCCGCCGCGGCGCUGACGAGAAAGUCAACUACAAACUCACGGCGAAAGUCAGAGAAACAGACAGCACAUGGGGGCGAAAAUAUAGAACCGCCACACCCCGGCCUACAAAACAGGGGGACGACAGCUACAGAAAUUUCAUCCCACUAGAUGCCCGAUAUAGCAAGGAGGCCGAAGCCCUCCUAGUACGCGCCAGUCAACAACAGUCGUUCAAGAGCGAAAUAGACACUCUGCAGAAAGGGGGCAACAUACCCCAUUCGAGCCGACUACGUCCCAUCGCGGUCGAACUAGUCAACGGCGUGAUUCAACUUAAAUCACGUAUAAGCGCGGCGACGGACAUAACAGCACAGACACGAGCACCGGCGGUCAUCGACGGCGACAACCACGUAACAAAACUAUACGUGGAGUACAUACAUCGACGCCUACAUCACGCGAGCGUCGAGGCUACGAUCAACGAAUGCCGCCAGUACUACUGGAUCCUACGCUUGCGUCCAAUCGCACGCAUGCUCAUACAUAGAUGUCUGCCCUGCCGCAUACGACGGUCGACACCACCGCGACCACCGACGGGUAACCACCCGCCGACCCGACUAGCGCACCAUCAACGCCCUUUCACAUACACUGGGCUUGAUUACUUCGGCCCCCUCACGGUCACAGUGGGCAGAGGGACACAGAAGAGGUACGUCGCACUGUUCACGUGCCUCACAACACGCGCCGUACACCUAGAAAUCGCCGCCUCACUAACAACAGAUUCGGCGAUUAUGGUACUACGACGCAUGAUCGCGCGCCGUGGGUGCCCUACAGAAAUUUGGUCCGACAAUGGGACGAAUCUACAAGGCGCCGACAAGGAGCUUCGCAAAACUAUAGACAGAGCAACAGAAGAAGAAGCCACACACAGGAAAAUCAGCUGGCGUUUCAUACCCCCCGCCGCCCCCUUCAUGGGCGGAGCAUGGGAACGCCUCGUGCGGAGCGUGAAAACGGCUCUAUACACCGUACUAGAACGAACGAGCCCGUCCGAAGAGGUCCUACACAUCCUACUCGCCGAAGUGGAAUACACGGUCAACAGCCGUCCACUCACACACGUCUCCGUGGACCCCGCGGACCCAGAAGCACUCACUCCGAACCAUUUUUUGCUCGGCGGCACUGCCCGCGAGGGCCAGCCGGGCACUUUCGAUGACAGCGACUUAUCCAACAGAACCCAGUGGAGAGCCUCUCAACGACUCGCCGACCUAUUCUGGACUCGUUGGAUGCGAGAGUACCUCCCCGAGCUCCAAAACCGGCGGGAGCCACACGGCGAAGGAACGGUAAAAAUGGGUGACGUCGUGCUCAUUACCGACAACACGCUACCACGAAACGUGUGGCCCCGCGGAAUAAUCACCGCUACCUACCCUGGAACGGACAACAUAGUAGGAGUCGUCGAUGUCAAGACGAAGGGGGGGACACUUAGAAGACCCGUCAAGAAAUUAUUGGUUCUCUACUCCCCGCAACCCCCACCAAUCGCGAACCGAUAAUUCUCUAUAUAAGAAAAAAAUGGCGCCGAGCCGCCACACGGAUCGCUGCAGUCAUCGUGAGUGGAUGUGUUGUGCUCCGACGUCUACCCUCACCCGCGCACAUAGUGAUU